UCCCCUUUGAGUGAAACUCCUUCAGACUUCACUCGUCCAUCAUGGCGGUGUUUUCGUCUCUUACUCCGGUGUUCGUAGCGGUUUUGUGUGUGAUUAUCGGGUUUCUCUUCAAAAACUCCCAGAGGAGACAAACCAGAUCAAAGCAGGGGCGUUCAGACCAGACCUCCAAACCCUGGGUGGACGAGGAUCUGCAGGAUGAUACAGAAAUCAGCAGCAAACACAACGAGGAGCAUGAUGAUGAUUGGCUAGACACAACAGAGGAAGAAGACCUACGCCAUAUCCCAUACACCCCAGCUCGGUACUCUGCUACUGAGAUGCUGGAACGAUCUGAGAAGUUCUACUCGCUCAUGAAUCUGAGACGGUCUGUUCGCUUCAUCAGUCCAGAACCGGUACCAAAAGAAGUGAUUGACAAUGUCAUACGCACUGCAGGCACUGCACCUAGUGGAGCUCACACUGAGCCCUGGACGUUUGUGGUGGUGUCUGAUGCAGAUGUCAAACACAAGAUCAGAGAGAUCAUUGAGGAAGAGGAGGAGAUCAACUACAAGCAAAGGAUGGGAGACAAGUGGGUCCAAGACCUGAAGAAACUGAGGACAAACUGGGUGAAGGAGUAUCUGGAUGUGGCUCCGUAUUUGAUUCUAGUGUUUAAACAGACAUAUGGAAUUCUGCCCAGCGGCAAGAAAAAGACUCACUAUUACAAUGAAAUCAGCGUGUCCAUCUCCUGUGGCAUUCUGCUGGCUGCUCUGCAGAAUGUUGGGCUGGUUACCGUGACGACCACUCCUUUGAACUGUGGACCACAGCUCAGGCUCCUCCUCCAGCGGCCGGCCAAUGAGAAGCUUCUAAUACUGCUUCCUGUUGGCUACCCUGCAUCUGACGCCAAAGUGCCUGACCUCAAACGCAAGGACCUGAAUGACAUAAUGGUGACGGUGUGAGAUCAUCAGCUGCUAUAAACAAAUGUGAUGCCAUAAAAAGACCAACUUACAGAGCAGUUUUGAAUAUAUAGAACCAAGUGCUAUUCAAAUCAGACCAAAUGUUCUCAGCUUACUGCUUUAUUUUUAUUAUUUCCUUACCAUAAAGGGAUUUUCAAGUAAUGGUUUACAUAAGGACACAGUUACUUCCAAAUUUUGCAUGGCUUUGUUAAUGUACACUUUAUAUAUUAUGAAUUUGCUGUGAUUUAUGCAAAACAUUAAGUAAAGUACAUGUUUGUAGUUUUCCAUG